AUGAAAUUCUUUUAUACAUUGUGCAUCCUGAUCUUGACGGUGAUGAUCUUGCCCAGUCAAGCAUUGCCGGUAGAGCAAAUAAAUCUUUUGGAUCUGGAAUUGGAUGAACCUCAUACGGCAGAUAACGAGCAGGUGGCAGAAGCUGAUCUUCAACGCGUCACACGUGGACUAGGAGGCUUUGAUUUUGGUGGCAAAUUUGGAGGACUUGGCGGCGGUCUGGGCGGUCUGAAGGGAGGCUUUGGCGGCUUGGGACAUGGUUUUGGCGGCGGUUUCGGUGGCCUAGGACAUGGCUUUGGUGGCGGUCUUGGCAGUUUCAAAGGACUUUUCAACAAAUUCUAA